CUCAAGCUUCUGUUGCGCCGCGAAAGAGUCUCCUGGUCGGACACCUUCAUUAACAAAGGUGGGCUUUUACAACUUGCGAGGCUGGUGUCAGAUUUGUGCAUCAAAGAAUGGCGCGAUGAUCAGGACGACAGCCUGCUGCAGCAGCUGCUUGGUUGCUAUCAAGCUCUUUGCACUACUGAAAGGGGCAGACAAGCACUCAAGUUGGACGAUCGCCUGCUCAUCAUGCUCGUUGAGCUCCUGUUUAGCGACAAGCAACCUGCGGACUACACUACACGAACACAAAUCAUGAAGCUACUCCAUCAAUUUGUCACAACCGACGCCGACUGCGAGGCGGAGAUGAGUCUUCGAGCGCUGGUCAUGCUUCAAGACCAAAUACAACCAAUACUAGAACGGCCACUCGAUUUCCUCGCAGCUGCACACACUUCACGUCCCUAUAAACGUUGGAUGAGAGAGCUAGACAAGCCUGUUCGCGAGUGCUUCUGGAUCUUUCUGCACGACAACAGUAUACCCAUUGUUCCAAUGGAGGAAUUCUGCAUGAUGGAGAUGCGCAAGCCGAUUGUUCCUCAGGGCUAUGUCGGUGGCGUCGAGUGGAUCGUUAUUGAAUACAUCUGCUCCCAUCUGCAGCUCAUCAACACAAUGCUACGCGCACUAGCAUCAGAGAAGCGGUAUCAAGUUAGGGUUGACUUGAAACAGUCUCAUUUUGAAAAGAUAUUGAAUCGGUUGCGACGGGCAAGCCAAACAUACUAUGAGUAUCUGCACGAAGAGCUAAUGACGUGGGCCAGCUUAGCACACGCCGACGGCUGGUCUACUGAU